CUGGAAGCCACUCUUCCAAAGCCCGCCAAGCCCGUCCUGAUCUCUUUCCCCUCCGAACAACGCCUUCCCACAACACGGCCCCCCACCCUCACCCCAGGCACAAGGAAGAGAGAUGCCUUCGAUUCCAAUCACGGAAGGCACGGGGCCAUUCUCUCCUCUAUAAGAAGCGGCGGCUCCUAUCGAUCCGUGAGGAGAUAGCUGGUUUGUCCUUCGAUGGGGAAGCGGAGGCCCGUGGUGGUGCUAUCUUCCUCCUCCUCUGAGGAGGAGGGCGAGGCCCUUGGCGGCUCGGCGACUGGAGGCCUCGAAUCGUCAAGAUCGAGAUCAAGAACGGCACAACCGGUCUCGUCGAAGAGGCCUCGAGUUGGGAGCUCGAAGAGUCGUCGCGUCUCGAGUGAAGCAUCUCCUGAACUCGAGGUUAAAUUUGAUUUGCUCUCAGAAGAUUUUUGUGAAUGUCGUCAUGAAUUUAGAAUUACACCAGGUUUUACAUGCAUGGAUGGGAUAGAGCUUUGGGUUGACAAACAUAAACCCCGAUCCUUGCCUGAGCUUGCUGUUCACAAAAAGAAGGUGAGUGAGAAUGUGAUGGUAAUGCUAAUGCUGUUUUGGCAAAAUCCCUACUCCUUAUUUUUUAUUAGUAGAAUGGUCGAAGAAGUGAAGAAAUGGAUGGAAGAAAGAGUAAAGACACCAAAGGAAGGCUUUGGCAACUGUGCUCUUCUUAUCACUGGACAAGCUGGAGUUGGAAAAUCCGUAUGUUUUUGUUUAUUCUUUGCAGCUGUUCAUGUAAUAGCAUCACAACUUGAAGCUGAAUUGUGCGAAUGGAUGACUCCCACACCUACGCUCUGGCAAGAGCAUAUACAUAAUACUAAUUCAGAAAUACGCUACAUGUCAAAGUUGGAUGAGUUCGAAAACUUUGUAGAAAAGAUCAGAAAGUAUUCGUUGCUUCAUCCAAUGAAGAUAGGAGGAUCAAGAAAACCAGUCAUUGUCUUAAUCGAUGACAUUCCUGCGGCAGCUGGAAGAGUUGCUUUUGCCAGAUUAAACAAAUGCUUAACAUCUCUUACUCAAUCAACUCAAGUUCCAACAGUUAUUUUGAUCACCGAGUAUCAUAAAACUGAGUCUGGUGACAAUGCCACCCACUACUGGGAAGAACUUGUGUCAUCUCUUGAGAGAGCUGGGGCUUAUAAGGUAGCUUUCAAUCCUAUUACCGUAAAUUCUAUCAGGAAAACCCUUAGUAAAAUAUGCCAAGAAGAGAAGUCUCAUGUGACUGCAGAGUGGAUAGAUCAAAUAGCAAAAGCUAGUGGAGGUGACAUCAGACAUGCUAUAACAUCUUUGCAAUAUUGUUGUCUGAAACCAGAUAGAUUUUUUUCUUUGCCUGCAUCAACUCUAAGUAACUCUUACGGUGAAAUGAAUUCCGAUAAGUCCAAUUUAUUGUCAAAUUCAAGCCUUGAAGAUGGGAACCCUGAUUGCAAGAUAUCCUUGCCAUGUGGAAGAGAUGAAACACUUACAGUAUUCCAUGCCUUGGGGAAGUUUUUGCACAAUAAGAGGGUGGCAGUAGAUCCUUGUGCACUGGUUGCUGCUGUAGAACAAGAUUCAUUUCCUCUGCAGGAGAGAUUUGCAAGGAAUCCACUAAAAAUGGAUACUCCAGAGAAAGUUCUUUCUCAGGCACAUGGGCAAGUGCAGCCUAUUGUUGAUUUUCUCCAUGAAAAUGUUCUUGAUUUUAUCAGUGAUGAUGAAGUUGAUAAUGUAUGGUUGGUCACCUCUUAUUUAAGUGAUGCUGAUUGCCUCCUUGGUGGUGUUCUACGCCCAACAAAGCGUCAGAUGAUACCUGAGGUGUAUGAAGUGGAAAGUGUAGCACAAUCAUUUGCUGCUUCAGUGGCAAUACGUGGGGUACUAUUUGCAAAUUCUAAGCCUUCACCUUCAAGGUGGCACACCAUCCGCCGCCCAAGGCUUUGGCAAGUUGAGCAAUCAUCAAGACACAAUAAGACGCUGAUGCUGUUGGAGAGAGGUGAGACCUACAAUAAUUCCAGCUUGUGCAGCAUGUCCUACAUAGCUGCUGAAUGUAGACCUACAAUUAAAUGGCUUAGGGCACGAACAUUGCUAGAUGUUCAUAAGCAUGAAAAUCAUUUACAUUAUCCAGAAGGAGAGGAGGAUAACUCUGAUUGGUUACUUAUGGAUAAAUUAAAAGGCAGCAACUCUGAGGAAAGUGAAGAAGAUGACAUUGAAGAUUGGUAGACCUUUUGUUGCUUUUAUUCCUUAUUAUUGUGAUGGUCGUAUAUCCAGAGAUUACAUGGCAAUAGAGACCCGAGAAUUUCAUUUGGACAUUUUCGCAAGAGACUCUGCAACCCCGAAGCUUUCUGUGGUAUGUGGGUGUAUAUCUGGGCAUUCAGGUCUUGUGGAAUCACUUAAUUAUUAAAACUUGCUGCUUGCAUUUGCCUCACCUUGUUCUGCAUAUCCAAGACCAGGUUGGAGCAUGUUAGGAUGGACCACAGUCGGUUUGGGCAAGCAUGAUGAAGCAACCCUCUGAAGCAAUAUUCAAUAUCUGAUGUGCUCAAUUUUGGUUGUAGUGAAAAUUCAGUUUGGUGUCUUCGGAAUGAAAAUAGUGAAAAUGGUUGAAGUGAUGGUCUUGUAUAUUAGUUGAAUGAAACAUUGUAAAUGUGAAUACCACAUUUUGCGAAGGAAAAAUAUUUCCUCACCUCAUUUUUGGUUUCGAUAGUCAAAGUAAUUCCAAGUCUUGUUUGAUGAUCCUAACUUGACCAUACUAUGAUUUGACUCCACUGGAGCCGUGAUACAGUUGGGGGCUUGGGGCCGACAGCAUGACUGAUGUGUAACCUAAUUCUCAGCAAAAUCUUUACAUAUUUCCAAGAUUCUUUGAUACUACGUUAUGUUGAUUAUUGAGUUUC